AUGGAUCCAGCUUGGCUCUAUGAUGGUGACUUGAUAGUGUCCUGGAAGUUCUGUGGAGCUGUCAUGGAACUAGUGAGGAACUAUCAUGGAAGUGUUAUGAAAUGCCAGCUUGGAUAUCGAGUUCUUAUACCCAAAGAUCUUGACAGAAAUUGUGGAAUAAUGCUGGCCGGUACUGCGCCUUACUGCGCCAGUCAAGUGACUUUUGCUAACCCGAGGUCGGCCUGCACCAUUUUGCAACAAAACUUUUGCCUAUUUGUUGCCAGUAUAAUUAUACCAAUUUCGUGUUCGAGCAUAUAUACCUCAACUAUUUCCGACCAAACUGAUCGCACUGGAACUCUCGCCCGCUAUGACGGCGCUGGCCCCAGUGAAUACUUGAGUGACUCAGAUACCUAUAAUAAUGAUUCUGAUUGCGGAUCAGAUGAUUAUAAUAACUACGAGUCUAAUUAUGAGUCCGAUAAUGAAAGAGCUCUCUGCGUUUCAACCAGCACUACCGAAGCUGUAAAAGAACGAAAGGUUAAUGUGACAUAUACUUUGAGGCAAGAAAACUUCAAUGAUAAAUUUUCCCCUAAAGAUUUGCUAAAUGCCAUUCAGGGGAUUCUCUCAUCAUCGCCUAGAGAUAUGUCAAAUGAUAAAGGAUCGUUGGAUUGCCUUCCAAUCUAUUCGUUCCUCUUUUUAAAUGAAAAAGGGUCUAGUUUAUAUAAUGCUUAUGACCGGGAUGAAGUGGAAGAUAAAUUGGUUAUCAAAAUCGAUCAAGAUGAUCGAGCCCCAAAGUUUUCUGUUGCAGAUGACAUUUCCGAAGUAUAUGGUCUACCUGGGAUUCACGAAUGUAUUAAUGGACAAAAACCUUUAAGAGCCGUGAUUGACAUAGAUGCUUCGCAAGAAGAUAUGGAAGUGACUGGUGUUAAGGCACAAGAAGAUAUUCUUAAAGGGUUAAUAGUUACUACAUCAACAGAUCCUAGCAAAUGUAGUUAUCAUAUUUUAUAUGCACCAGCUCUCCUUAUUGAUCAUCAUGAACUCAAAGCGUUUACAGAAUUAGUAUAUACCAUAAGCGGUGAAAAAUUUGGCAAGUAUAUUGACAGAGGGUUGCCUGGUCAGAAUUUCAACCUUCGCCUAAUCGGAUUAGCAAAAAAAGGUCAGGUGAAGCGCAUUCUCCAAUUCUCUCUAGACAAUGGCUGGAAUGAACUCGAUCACGUUAGGGUUCAACCGCCUCCUAGUUUGGGACUUGAAGUAAGACCUUGGAUGCUUAGUGAAAAAAAAAAUAAUAAUCCACUAAGAAUAAUUGUGAGUCAGGAUGUAUUGCAAAAAUGCGCGAAUCUUGUUUUGCAAAAACAUUCUAACUAUCUUAGGGAUUGGACUAUCGAAGAAAAAGACUUGAAAAACUUCGUAUAUUUCAACCGGAAAGGUCUACUAGAAUGUCCACUAUGUAAACGUAUACAUGACAAGGAUCAGCGGUGGUUCGGUCGUGUAUAUGCCAGCAAUGGAACAUUCAUUGUAAAAUGCUUCCGGCAAGGUACUGAUGAACCUAGGGAAGUUUUUGAAUGCGAAUCAUCUAUUGCAGAAAAAAUUCAGCAAGAAAAUAAAAAUUCUCCACAAUCCUCCCACAAGGUAAAGGCUUCGGGUUUCCUUAAAGCCUUCGUAAAAAUGCCAUCUUGGGUCAAGUAUAUUGACCCCCUUACAGCGACAGAAACAUAUGUGGAAAGAUAUGUAAGAUCAUUACCCAAUAAAGGCGAUAUAUGUGUGGGGUCGCCUUGGGAAACAGGAAAAACAUAUGUUCUUGAAAAUUUGGUUAUUCCUGAUGACGUAAAUUUACUAGUGCUGUCUACGCGCCACUCUUACUCAAAUGCUGUUACUACAAGGCUUAAUCUUAGGUCAUAUUUCGAUAUUGAUGGUAAUAUAAAUCUACCCGAUCACAAGAGGGUGGUAUGUCAAAUAGAGAGUUUACAUCGUAUUGUUAAUAAAUGCAAAUGUAAUAAAAAAUGCAAAUGCUCCCCAAUCCAAUAUGACUUAUGGCUUGAUGAAAUAGUAUCUAUAAUUGCUCAAGCACAAAGUCGUCUGGCGGGACAAUCAAUAGAGAGAUUAUAUAAAUUAAUCCAAGAGGCUAGACGGAUUAUCGUCAUGGAUAAUGAUCUUACUGAUCUAAAUAUCGAAUGGAUUAAACCCCUUCGCAAGGAUAAACCAUUCUCAGUUAUCCACAAUACUUACCAGCCUCAGAAUGGUAAAACAUUCCGCUUGGCUCCUAAUAAAGAAACUGUGUUAGCCGAACUCUGGGAUUGGGCUAGGCAAAUAUCUUCACUGCCUUCUGAGAAACGAACAAGCGCAUCGCUCAUCUGUCACCUUAGAAAAGACAUGCAAGGAAUUGUUCGUGCUCUCAAAACUGAUUUUCCAGAAUUACGGAUCAAGGAAUAUCAUAGUAAAUCUGAUCCGGUGGAGAAGGCUCAUGACUUUAGCAACGUAGAAGAAUCAUGGAAAGACGUAGACCUAGUUGCCUAUACUAGUACUCUAAAGAUAAGAGUGUCUUGCACCAAUCCCAAGUUUGAACGAGCAUUCUGCAUCUUUAACAGUUAUAUAGAAACGAAUGCUGGGACGAAUCAGAUGUUAUUCUGCAUGCGAUGUAUCAAAGACUAUAUAUGUCAUAUCGAACAAAGAUCGUCUAAUAUUCCUAUUACAGAGAAAGGAUUAUUCCAAUGGUUGUUGAAUGCCAAACGAGAAUGUCUUCCCUGA